AUGAGCGAAAAGUCGUCUGUGACCGAUGACAUUCCUCGAUCGCCCAUAUUCAUUGGCGUUAACGGCCCUCAGGGUUCAGGGAAGACUACUUUGGUUUCGACACUUGCCGAAAAGCUCCGCCAACCCCCACAUUCUUAUUCGACAAUAGUCCUUUCCAUCGAUGAUCUUUACUUGACGCACGAGCAGCAAUCUGAGCUUGCUGCUUCUCAUCCUUCCAACCCGCUGAUCCAACAUCGCGGGCAACCAUCUACUCAUGAUCUUCCUCUGGCUCUUUAUUUGUUUUCGGACCUUCAACAGGGUAAAGUCACCAAAAUUCCCAGCUAUGACAAGAGUGCAUAUAGUGGACAAGGGGAUAGAGUUCCCAAAGAGGAGUGGCCAGAAGUAAAUCGAGAUAAAACACAUAAGACGGAAGUGGUACUCUUCGAAGGCUGGUGCGUAGGCUUCCGAGCUUUGCCAAGAGACAACUUGGUACAAGACUGGGAAGGUGCUGUAAGAGAACGAGAGAAAGGACAUUACGUUGGACGCCUUGGAUGGAACAGAUUAGAGGAUGUAGACUUUGUGAAUGAGGCUUUGCGGAGGUAUGAUCAGCUGACCGACCAGCUGGAUGCAUUGAUCCAUCUUGAUGCUGAAGAUCCAAUUUUCGUCUAUGAUUGGAGGUCUCAAAGCGAGAGAAAGCUUCGCGAGAAGAAAGGUUCGGGAAUGACAGACGAGCAAGUGGUCGACUUUGUGAACGGCUAUUACCCGGCAUACGAGCUCUUUACGACAAGGUUGAGAGCAGGCGCCUUCGAUGAAGGGAAAGGCAGACAAUUGAGGCUUGUCAUAGGGAGGGACAGAAGAGUGAGAGAAGUUGUGAGAUUGUGA